UAUAAUUAGCGUACAGUAGGCUAUUAGUGGUAAUAUAAUUAGAACUUUUAGAAAAACGUGCAUUGAUGGAGAGGUAGACUACUAGACAAUACACGUUGUUCCUCAUUUAUUGGGGGUGACGUCCUCAUUCGUGACUGUGAAAUUCGUGGUUCUAAAAGCUUCUGUUCCCAAGUGGACUGGCGUGUGAAAUGAGUUGUAGCCCAUUAGGUGUUCCUGAAAGGUGCGACAGACAGUAGGCCUACAGAAACCUUAUUACGAACAAUUUGUCCAGGCGUGUACCACGCGCCCAUGGCUCCAGACAAUGCAAUUUUCGCGUUACUUUUAAGAAAUAUUUUUUUUUAUGACAUUCUAAGCAACUAUAACACAGAACUGUUACAAGGGCGCUGGCAGAUUUUCUCACGCGCUAUUGAGCAGAUUGAUGGUCUUAGUGUGUAUUGAGAAGAACAAAAGCUAUGAAAUGUCCACUGGAAAACCCUAUAAAACAAGUAAAAUUGGACCCGGAUCAACAAGUGGGGGUCCAGACCAACUUGGCCCCUCCCAAGAAGGUCCAAUCAGGGAUGAUCCAGUCUAGCCUUGUCCAUGCCAGUGUGGCAGCCAUGCAGAACCCCAUGGGCUGUAAUUCCAAGGGGGCCAACAGCCACUCCCCCUUACCCCGGCUCUCCGUCUCCUCCCGCUCCGCCAGCGUGGUGGCCAGCAUGGACACAACUGGCGACCUCUCGGCCCACCACUCUGUGAUGAAGUGGAAGACGGUGGUGGCGGUUUUUGUGGUGGUUGUAGCCUUCUUGGUGGUGGGCGGCCUGGCCUUCCGCGCCCUGGAGCAGCCCUUCGAGAGCAACCAGAAGGACAGCAUCACCCUAGAAAAAACUUUGUUCCUGCGGAGGCACCCAUGUGUCACGCCUCCUGAGCUGGAAGCACUGAUCAAGCAUGCCAUAGAUGCUGUCAGUGCAGGAGUCAGUCCGAUCGGAGACACAUCUUACAACUCCAGUCACUGGGACCUGGGAAGUGCCUUCUUUUUUGCUGGGACCGUGAUUACAACGAUAGGUUACGGGAACAUAGCUCCCAGUACGGAGGGAGGGAAAAUCUUCUGCAUCCUGUACGCCUUAUUUGGCAUCCCACUGUUUGGGUUCCUCCUGGCUGGCAUCGGAGACCAGCUGGGGACCAUAUUUGUCAAGAGCGUCUUGAGGGUGGAGAAGCUAUACAGGCAAAAACAGAAAGAAAUAAGCCAGACCAAAAUCAGAGUUACUUCCACCAUACUCUUCAUCCUGGCCGGGUGCAUAGUCUUCGUCGGUGUCCCAGCGGUGAUUUUCAAACAUUUCGAGGGAUGGACGACUCUGGAUGCUAUCUACUUUGUUGUCAUCACGCUAACAACGAUUGGCAUCGGGGACUAUGUGGCAGGUGGGGAUCGGAAGAUCAAGUACAUGAAGUGGUACAAGCCCCUGGUCUGGUUCUGGAUCCUGGUGGGUUUGGCCUACUUCGCUGCGGUCCUGAGCAUGAUUGGAGACUGGCUCAGAGUGCUUUCUAAAAAGACCAAAGAGGAGGUGGGGGAGUUCAAGGUCCAUGCUGCUGAGUGGAAGGCCAAUGUGCAGAAUGAGUUCCGGGAGACGCGUCGGCGGCUGAGUGUGGAGAUCCACGACAAGUUGCAGCGGGCCGCCACCAUCCGCAGCAUGGAGCGCAGGCAGCUGGGCCUGGAGCAGAGGACCCACUCGCUGGACAUGUUCUCCCCACAGAAGAAGGCCUUGUUUGUCAGCCUGGACCAGGGCUGCUUCAAGACCUCCUCCCAGGAGAGCAUUGACACCAAGCUGAAUAACUUGAGGUUGCGAGGGGCAGGGGAGCUUUGUUAUGAGCAGCGGAGAGGCAGCGAGCAGACCCAGCAGGCCUCAUCAGAGGACGAUAAGCUCUUCCACCUCCGCUUCCGGUCCCUCACCAAGCUAACCAAGAGACCCAAGAACCGUGACCUGAAGAGUAACAUUCCUGAUGAUGUGCGGAGGGCCUGCGAGGCAAUGGAGAAGAGGGAGGAGGACAUGGAGGAGGUGAAGGAGGAGGAAAGGGGCGAGAGGAAGAAGGGCAAUAUCAGCUUGACACAUUUAGAAUACGCAGACGAGCGCAUUAAUAAACUGAACGGUUUUGUACUGGCUCAGGCCAAAGAGAGGGAGAACGCUAGAAUGUUGGAAGGAAGAGAGCUUGAGUCCCAGCUAGAGUGUGCAGAUACCGAGACUGAGUGAGAGAGAAGAAUACUUUUUUUAUGUCUCAAAAUGUGCCUUGCUGUUGUUUCUACGCUGAGACUGUUCUGAGUAAAUGGGACUGUUCUGUUCAAAAUCAGUCACUGUGCUCUAGCAAUGUAAAGACUAAUGUUGCCUAAAAGUGGAGAGAAAAGAGACCGAGGCUAGGGUCUAAUUUGGUGAAGACCUAUUUUCUCUUGGAUAGUACUGGACCUACCAGAAUCUCCUUUCCUUUUUAAAGAACACCCACUUGCUACCCAGCCCCAACCCACCCCCCAACAA